AAAUUCUUCGCAUAGAUAAGGCCCAGCAUUUGAAGAUGGAAUUCGCACCCCAAUGGACUACUCAAAUUUUCAAUAUUAGCAUAGGUCAGCAGCCUCAAAUCGUGCAGAUAACAUAACGCAACCCACACGCAGCAUACACUCGACAGCACGUGCAUUCGGCCGCGAAAGAGGCUGACGAAUUUCCUGAUUCGUUUACGUAAAUAGUUACAAUCACGCCAUGACGGAGCUCGUAACGCCGCAGAAGGCCAAUCCCGUGAAAUUCUUUAUUGCCGGAGGUUUUGGUGGCAUGUGCAAUGUCAUCACUGGCCAUCCACUCGACACAAUCAAGGUUCGGCUCCAGACAAUGCCCCUGGCGGCGCCUGGCCAGCAGCCCAGAUACAAAGGCGUCAUCGACUGUGCCGUAAAGACGUUUCGUCAGGAGGGAUUCCGGGGUUUCUACAGAGGAAUCUCCGCCCCCCUUCUGGGCGUAACUCCCAUUUACGCAGUGGACUUUGCCGUCUAUGCGGCAGGCAAACGUCUGUUCCAAACGGAUGAUCAUAUACGGCUCACCUAUCCACAAAUAUUUACCGCCGGAGCCUUUGCGGGUGUGUGUUCCGCCUUGGUUACGGUGCCCACGGAUCGGAUUAAAGUCCUGCUGCAGACACAGACGGUGAGUGGAGGACCUCAGAUGUACAAUGGGACGCUGGACACGGCUGUGAAGCUGUACAGACAGGGCGGGUUCAAGAGUCUCUUCAAGGGAACAUGUGCCUGCAUUCUGAGAGAUUCCCCCACCGGUUUCUACUUCGUGACCUAUGAAUUCCUUCAGGAUUUGGCUAGAAAAAAAUCAAAAACUGGACAAAUAAGCACCACCUCAACCAUUUUAGCUGGCGGAACAUCUGGCAUUGUGUUCUGGACUUUGGCCGUGCCCUUCGAUGUACUCAAGAGCCGUCUACAAUCAGCACCCGAGGGCACUUAUAAGCACGGCAUUCGCAGUGUUUUCAGGGAUCUUAUGGCCACCGAGGGUCCUACAGCGCUGUUUCGUGGUGUCCUGCCCAUUCUCCUACGUGCCUUUCCAGCCACGGCAGCGGUUUUCUUUGGCGUGGAACUGGCCAAUGAUUUUUUAAAUUAAUAGGCAAAUUAUAUUACUUAAAAGAGAGGCUUUUCGUAUAGUUAAACAAAGUAUUUUUAUCAAA